AUGACAGACUCUGCCAAAGCCUCUUCCGGUGACCAUGUUGCGCCCAUCAAGGCGGAACAUGUCGACGUCACAUCCGAGCACAAACAUGACCCUGGCCUGGUGAUCCUUGAGGAUGUCUCAUAUGGUCCAAGUGGCAUGAGAGGCUUCCUUGUCUCUCCAUAUGUAUCUGGGGCUGCUUUUCUUGCCUCCCUAGGGGGCUUCUCCUUCGGAUAUGACCAGGGAGUUAUAUCUAUUAUCAACGUUAUGCCGCAAUUCCACGAGGUUAUUCCAGAAACUACUACGGCAUUUGGCACCAGCUUUAUGACGGGAAUGCUUCUUCUUGGCGCCUUUGUCGGCUGUAUAUUCAUGCCUACAUUGGCCGAUAAGAUGUCACGAAAGUGGGCCUUAACAGCUGUGGUUGUUGUUUUCAAUAUUGGCGCCAUCCUCCAGACUGCUGCUUUUAGUUAUGGUAUGCUGGUGACUGGCCGGGCUAUUGGUGGCAUUGGCGUUGGAACCCUGGCGAUGGGCGCCCCUCUGUACAUCUCUGAAAUUGCCCCCCCGAACCUCCGCGGUACUCUACUCGUUCUCGAAUCUAUAUCUAUUGUAUCUGGUGUUGUGAUCGCCUAUUGGAUCACCUUUGCUACGCGACAUAUGGAAGGACCUAUCUCUUUCCGUCUUCCGCUCGGGCUCCAGAUGGUAUGCGCGACCUGCGUUGGUGUGGGAAUCCAUUUCUUUCCAUUCUCCCCAAGAUGGCUUGCCCUAGUCGGUCGCAACCAGGACAGCUUAAUAAGUCUCAGCAAACUACGGCGACUUCCAGAGACAGAUGAAAGGGUCCAAGCCGAGUACAAGUCUAUUGUGGCUGAGGUGGAGUUCCAGAGGCUGAUGCAGGAGGCAAAGCACCCUGGUGUCUCUGGGCUCAAGCUUGAGGCUCUCCUGUGGCUUGACCUUUUCGACAGGAAGAACUGGCGCCGGGUCGUUGUCGGCUGUGGUGUUUGCUUCUUCCAACAGUUCUCCGGAAUUAACGCCUUUAUUUAUUACGCACCUACGCUCUUCCAGUCGAUUGGCCAAGACUACGAGAUGUCAUUAAUUUUGUCUGGCAUUUUCAAUAUACUGCAACUUGUUGCUGUUGCGAUCUGCUUUGUUAUUAUCGAUAAAGUCGGUAGGAAGCCUCUGGCAAUCGUGGGUGGCUUUGGCUCAGCUCUGUGCUAUAUCGUGAUUGCUGCUCUUGCCGGUGUCUACUCCAAGAGCUGGAACUCCAACCCCGCAGCAGGAUGGGCUUGCGUUGCGAUGGCAUUCCUCUUCAUCAUCGUUUAUGGUGUGUCUUAUUCGCCUCUUGGCUGGGCCUUGCCACCAGAGGUAUUCUCAACCUCUACUCGCGCCAAAGGCGUGGCUCUUUCAGUCUGCGUGAACUGGCUUGCCAAUUUCGUCAUUGGAAUCGCCACUCCUCCUAUGAUUGAAUCUAUUGGAUUCGGUACUUAUGUGUUUUUUGCCGUGUUUUGCGCACUAUCUGGGUUCUGGGCCUGGUUCCUUGUGCCCGAGACUAUGGGCAAGACCUUGGAGCAGAUGGACGAGGUUUUUGGGGAUACGUCAGGCCAAGAAGAACAAGAUAUGAUGCGCCGAGCUCUCCAGAAUGCUGAGCAUGCCUAG